AUGAAUAAAUUGGAGGGAGCAGUAACUAAUGCUCAGAGAAAAACCAAUAAUGUGGAGUUUCUAAUGCCUACGGUUGGAGAGGCGUUGGGUGAACACCAGAAAGACCUAAAUGCAAAAUUAUUGUCUCGGGGAAGGUUAGAUUUCAUCAAAUAUUUGGAAUCUGUCAAGGGUCAGCUCACGCAAGAACAAUUUGAAUUGGUUCGUUCAAGUGCCUUGGAUUAUAAUAAUCUCAUGGCAACCAGUGACAAGCUACAUGCCAAGAACAUUGAAACCAAAUAUCUUCUGCUUAAAAGGCGAUUUUUCUUAGCAGAAGACAAUGUGGUUCGGGACCGUAAAAAUUCCGACAGCCUUGUAUGUGAACCGGACUCGAUAUUUGAUUUGGUGCUUAGUGGACAUGUAAAAAACGGACACAUGCAUUGGCGUCGUUUACACCGAAACUUAAAAAUGCAUUAUGCCAAUGUUACACGGGACUUUACCCAACUGUGCGUUCGUUACUGUUCGAAAUGCAACGCCGAGAAGAAAAUUCCUCCACAACAAAAAUAUCGUCAUUAUAACAUUUACAGUGGGCUUCUGCCACUGGAGAGAGUACAUGUUGAGCUUAUUUCCCCACUAGCAGAACCUAUCGAGGGUAUUUAUUCUCACAUCUUAUACUUUAGAGAUUACCAUUCACGAUUUGUAUGGAUGCUACCCUUGAAAUCCGAUAACGUAAAGGAUUUGACCGAGGCGUUCUCGACCUUUUUACUUUCAUUACCACGAAUUCCUAUGUUCAUCGAAACAGCUUCUGUGGAUCGACAGCUCCUAUUUGAAAUAUGUGAGAAAGUAGCUUGUGACUAUUCUCUCACACUAGGUCUUGGAAUGAGCUCAUCUCGAUUCUUUCAACGGAAUGGAAUCGCAAGGCUGCGACAACAGCUCAAGUCGAAUUCAGUUCAAUGUAUAGCUUCAUGGCCUAUGUGUUUGAAAAACGGAGCUGCCGACCACAAUCGAUCCUAUAACAACCGAGUCCAAGCUAUACCGGGAAACCUUCUUCACAGCCAAGUUAGCGACUAUGUCCGUCAAUUCGAGCAGAAGCGUGAGAAAUUGAUAGAAAAGCUUUGUGCAACUAAUGUUGUAGUGUUACGAAAAGGCGGGCGACGGCAGGGUUUACUUUACCUCGAAGACGAAACGACAGCUUUUCAUAUGCCAGAUGAGGAUUACAGCUCGACAGAAUAUGAUACAGAGGGUCAAUUUGAUACGCCAAUUAACAACGGAUCUUCAAGAAGUUCUUCACCAAGAGCUCAAUCGUUCAUUGAACCCACAUUUCCUUCAUCUAGGACAGUUCAAUUACUGUCAGACAAACCUGAGGUCGAUCUCAGUCCAGAUAUUAGCCGGCGAGCUUCCGCCAGUGGCAGUGUCACAGAGCAGAAUACUGAUGAUGUGAUUAAUGCAUCUAUUGUACUUUAA